AUGCAUAAUGAGCUGGAAAAGAAUCGACAAGCUCAACUGCGCCUGUGUUUAGAAAGCGUAAAAGUUUUGAUUCCACUAGGACCAGACUGCACCAGGCACACGACGCUUGGUUUGCUCAACAAAGUCAAAGCCCACAUCAAGAAACGUGAAGAAGCUGAAAAGAAGAGACAGCACCAGCUAGAAAACUUGGAACGAGAACAGAGAUUUUUAAAGCAGCGACUGGAACAGCUGAAGGGUGCUCAGGAGAUGGAACAAAUACGAAUGGACAGCACUGGAUCAACAAUUUCUUCAGAUCGUUCUGAUUCAGAGCGAGAGGAGAUUGAAGUGGAUGUUGAAAGCACAGAGUUCUCCCAUGGAGAAGUGGACAGUAUCAGUAGCACCAGCAUCCGUGACAUUGAUGAGCACAGCAGCCUGCAGAGUAUCAGGAGUGACAAGGGUCACUCCAGGGCCCGUGUCAAACUUUCUUUCCCUUCCUGGAACCCAGAAUGA